CCUCCUCGCCACGAUGUCUCGGCGCAAGCAGCCCAACCCCAACAAACUCCGCGCAGUCAUGGAGAAGCUUCAGGAGGAGGAAGGAGCCAGCAGGCAGGUGGACAUGGAGGACGGGCUCCUGAAGGAGGAGGCGACGCUCAACGAGCUGAAAGAUAGCAGAGACGCCUCCAUCACGGAGGAGCCGGACCCGGCGAGGCCGCCGGUGACAUCUGCUUCUCCAGCUGCCAUCAACGGAGCCAAGGAGGGAGCAGAACCGCUCCAGAACGGAGACCUGUCCUCCAUCAACGCCAUGAUGUCAACGGUGAUGUCAGCCGCCGGGACGAUCAACGGAGGAGGAGGAAAUGAAGGAGAGAGCGGCGUUCCUUCCACCAGCUCCUCGGCUGGACCUUCUCCCAGCCCCUCGCCCAGCAAGUCUCUGACGGCCGCCAUGAGAGCCCCGCCAGGUCGCAACGCUCGACGCAACCAGGACACCAAAGACGACAGCUUGGCCUUCAUCUGCCCGCUGUGCGACAAGAACUGCCAGACGCAGCACCAGCUGACCAUGCACAUCCGACAGCACAACGCCGACACCGGCGCCACCGAUCACUCCUGCAGCAUCUGCGGGAAGUGCCUGAGCUCGGCCUCGUCGCUGGACCGACACAUGCUGGUCCACAGCGGGGAGAGGCCGUACAAAUGCACCAUCUGCGGACAGACGUUCACCACCAACGGCAACAUGCACAGGCACAUGAAGAUCCACGACAAGGACCCGAACGGUCUGAUCCCCCUCAGCAGCCCUCCCUCCCCGACCAAACGCCGCCGUCCUUCCAUGAAGCGGCGGCAGGGCCUGGAGGAGGAGCUCGGAGACGAGCCGCCCAGUAAGAAGGUGAUGGAGGAUGCGGCGGCGGACGAGUUCAUGGCGGUCCAGGGCUCCGAGGAGGAGCUGCUGCCGUGUCCCAUCUGCUUUAAGACCUGCAGCUCCAGACUGGACCUGGACGCUCACAUGGACACUCAUCCAGACACCAUGCUCAGGUGUGAUCUCUGCUGCCUUUCGUUCAGAACCCACCGCGGCCUGCUGCGCCACAAUGCUGGCGUCCAUAAGCUCCUCCCACAGGACCCCAGCGGUCGUCCCUUCAUCCAGAACAACCCCUCCAUCCCCACCGGCUUCAACGACCUCGCCUUCAUCGACUUUUCCUGCAAGAAGUUUGCUCACAUCGCUCAGGUCUGGUGUGAGUCCAACCUGCGGCGCUGCAUCAGUAAGUUCCACCGUUUUGUCUGCGACUCCUGCGAUAAGGCCUUCCCUCUGCGCUCCGCCCUGGACCUCCAUAGAACCGUCUCCCACGCGGAGAAACCCGCUGCUGAGGUCGAGGACAGAGUGAAGGCCAACGGAGGGAGGCGGGCCGAGGAAGCUCAGGACGCUGAAGCUGGACCCCCGGCAUCAGAGCAGUCCUGCUUCCUGGAGGGUCUGGGCCUGCAGCACGUCUCUAAGGUGAAGCUCGGUCCGACGGACGACGAGAUCCAUCAGGCCCACCUGGACAGCAUCAAGGUGAUCCACGUGGAGCCGCUGUCCUUCAGCCUCCCCCAGGAGCCGGCCGCCGCCUUCCUGUCCGGGGGCCUGGGGGUGACCCUGGGCCUGGGUGUGGGGGGGCUGGCCGCCCUCAGCAUCCCGCUGCUGGAGGCGUCCAGCUCCGCCCUGCAGGGCCUGUCGCAGCGGGACGCCCUCAACCUGCUGUCCCUGCAGCCUUUCCAGGCGGGCUUCCUGCUGCAGCCGGAGGGGGGCGCCGCCACGGGCAGCGGCGCCUUGUCCAGCUGUAAGCCGGGGGAGUCCGGCGCCGCCAGCGUGAUGGAGCUGGCCGACAUCCAGCAGAUCCUGAAGGUGGCGGCCGCGGCGCCCAACCAUAUGGGGCUUCCUCCUCUGGCCAAGGCUCCGGGUUUCUCUGGUCAGCUCCCGGGUCAGAAGGCCAUGCCGCCGCUGAAGCCCAAACCUCCCAUCAGCCCUCGCUGCAGCCUCAGCGCCACCACCCCUCCCCCCCUGCAGAGCUCCCAGCAGGCCUCACUGGGCUGCAUCAGCCCCAGCCUGCCUCCCCCAACGCCCUCCCUCUUCAAGUCGCCAUCCUCGGCGGGGGACGGCCCCCACAUGGAAGCAGAGUCGCCGGGCGACGCCAAAACGGCGCUGUCCGACUCGCCGCCGGCCGCCGCCACGGUGGUCCAGGAGGAGGCGGGGCUAAACGUCCGGAAGGCGGGAGGCAAAGCCGGGCCCGCCGCCGCCAAAGGGACGUUCCCCUGCCGCUUCUGCGACCAGGUGUUCCCUCUGUCUGGCGCCCUGCAGGCCCACAUGCGCUUCCACCUGGGCAUCCUGCCACACCAGUGCAACAUGUGUGACUACGUGGCGCCGGACAAGGCCACGCUGAUCCGCCACCUGCGCACGCACAGCGGCGAGCGGCCCUACGUCUGCCGCAUGUGCCACUACCCCUUCACCGUCAAGGCCAACUGCGAGCGCCACCUCAGGAAGAAGCACGCCAAGACGUCCAGGAAGGACAUCGAGAAGAACAUCAAGUACGUCACCUUCUCCUCCCCGUCCAUCACCGCCGCUCCCCCCGGCACCACGCCGGAGGCGGAGACGGCCUGCGAAACCACCUGCCGCUUCUGUGGCGAGGACCUGAAGACGUACCGGGCGCUGCAGAUCCACCUGCGCACGCACAACGGCUGUCAGAGGAAGCCGUUUGAGUGCCGCCGCUGCGGCGCCGCCUUCCUGGCCAAACGGAACUGCAUCCAUCACCUGCUGAAGCAGCACCCGGAGGUCCAGGAGCGCGAGAUCGAGGGUCACAUCACCACGCUACUGCCCGCCGCCGCCGGCACGGCCCUGAAUCCAGCGGCGUUGAACGGGAUCAGUCAGCCCGCCAUGCUCCUGCAGGUGAAGGCGGAGGAAAUGGCUUACGCCGUAGAACUGGACCAGCCGCUGGACUUCUCUGCCAAGGGGCGGGGCAGCCAGACGGCGUCUCCCGUCAUCAAAACGGAGAACUCCUCCCACGGCUUCGACUGCUCCGACUCGGACCAGCCCAUCGACCUGUCCAUCCCCAGCAAGCGGCAGCGCCGGGAGGCGGACGGCGGUGCGGAGAGGGAAAUGAAGACGGAGCAGAAUGCCGCCAUGGAGCCGCAGCACCAGCUCGCCGUGGCGACCGAGGAGAAGACGGCCCUCCUUCCUCUGCAGCCUCCUCCCCUGCUGAGCGGCUACCAGCUUCCCGCUGGAGCCACGCCUCCCUCCGCCGGCCGAGCUCAGCGCCUCAAGCCGCUGCUGCCCAAACCCGCCCCCGCCACCUCCUCCCCCCCCUCUGUGAAGGAUCUGGCGCCGCUCGCCUCCAUCGCUCAGAUCAUCAGCUCCGUCUCUGCAGCUCAGGGCAUGCUGGACGGAAACCCCUCAUCCUCGCAGGCCGACCCCGACGCCUCGCCGUCCUCCGCCAUCCUGGAUGCUCCGGGUGACGAUGCGUCCGACAGAACCUCCAGACGGCGGUCCAGGAAGAAGCCGGCGGCUCUGGCAGCGAAGGAGAAGGUCGCUGCCGGCGGGAUCGACCUGGAAUCCAGCGGAGAGUUUGCCAGCGUGGAGAAGAUGCUCGCCACGACUGACGCCAACAAGUUCAGCACCUAUCUGCAGACCGGAACCGCAGAGCUGACGGCGAAGAAAGAUGUGGAGCGAGCCGGAGGAGCGGAGGAGAACGAGGGGAGGGGCGGCGAGGAGGCGAAGCCCGCCGGGGCUGUGGCGGCCAUGACGGUACCACAGACCAAAGGGAAGAAGAACGCCUACUCCAACUCGGUGCAGAAGAUGACCUGCCCCUUCUGCCCGCGGGUCUUCCCCUGGAUGAGCUCGCUGCAGAGACACAUGCUGACCCACACAGGCCAGAAGCCGUUUCCAUGCCCCCGCUGCGACGCCUUCUUCUCCACCAAGUCCAACUGUGAGCGCCACCUUCUGCGCAAACACGGCGUGACCCACAGGACGCUGCGACGCAACGGCGCCAUCGUGAACGACGGCUCACACGAGAGCGCCGAGAGCCAGUCGGAGACGGAGCAACCAGCGCCGGAACCCAGAGACCUCACCACAGAACCAGGCCCGCCAUCCACCGUUAACAGCCCCGCCCCUCCUGAGGUCACCCAGCUGAGCCCCGCCCCCAAAGCAAGCCAAGGUUCCAGUCCAGCUGCAGAGCAGCAGGAAGCAGAAACCACUGAGCAGGCUGAGCAGCAGGGGGCGCCAGAGAGCAGAGCAGCAGAAGGAAAGCAGCCACUGAGCAGCAAGGCCGACGUCACAGACGACGACGACUGUCACAGCAACAAGAGCCUCGACCUGAACUUUGGCAAGAAGCUCAUCGACUUCAAGCUCUCUUCGUCUUCCACUAGCUCUGCUCCUCCUCAGGAGGCGCCGCCCUCCUCCUCCCCCUCCUCUGCUCCCCGGGAAGCAGCGGAGAUCUCCGAAGACCAGGAGGGAAGCAGCAGCCCGGCAGCCAAGCCCGACCAGAAACACGCCUGCCAGGUCUGCGCCAAGAGCUUCCGCUACGCCGCCACCCUGGCUCGCCACGAGAGGGCGCACCUCUGCGAGGAGACGCAGGCAAAGACUGAGGAGGAGGCACCUCCUGCCGCGAAGGAGGUGGUGGAGGAGGAGGAGGAGGAGGGGAUGGAGGGCAAAGCUGCCGAGCUGGAGGCAGAAGAGAAGGAGGCGGAGGAAGACGAGAGCGACGGAGGGGAGAGCGGCGAGUCGGAGAAGGAGGAGAGGAGCGACGAGGAGGCGUCUGAACCAAAGAGCGCGGAGGGAGGGGAGGCGGCGGCGGGCGGACGGGUGGACAAGAGGAAGAAGAUCUGCACCGAGUGCGGGAAAAGAUUCUGGUCCCUGCAGGACCUGACCCGCCACAUGAGGUCCCACACAGGGGAGCGGCCCUACAAGUGCCAGACCUGCGAGCGCACCUUCACCCUGAAGCACAGCCUGGUCCGCCACCAGAGGAUCCACCUGAGGCCCCGCGGCGCCAGCGACGACGUCAGCGAGGACGGCGACUCCCGCGCCCCCACCCCGACCUCCACCUGCCCGCCGUCGGAGAACGAGAGCGAGUGCGGGAGCGGCGGCGCCGGAGCCAAGGAGCUGGAGGAGGAGGGCGAGUUUCAGAGGGAAGAUUCGGCGGAGGGGGACGGUUCUGAUCCGGCACGGCCCGCCGCCGCAGAGGAACCGGACGACGACAACGCCGCGCGGCAGGAGCCCUCCGCGGAAAUUCCCCGAGCUACUGAAUCAAAGACGACGACAAGCACCGACUCCUCCGCAACACCUGACGGCGCCAAAGAUCGUUCCGGCUCUCCCCCAGGGGGCGCCGCCGCUGCGGCCCCCGCUGAAGGCUUCAUCCACGGCCUGCUGGAGAUCCACACCAAGCCCCCCCUGGAGCACCUCCUCCCUAACGGGGAGCCUCCGAUGGUGGGCGUAGACUGAAGCCCCGCCCCCGCCGCAGUGCCAUACCACAGAAGGACGUCCCCCCCUCCCCCCAUCGACGAAGAAACCAGCCCGGAACGUCCCCCCCUCCCUGAGACGGGGGCCUCGUUUUCUUGAAGUGCCUUACUACUAGUCCGACUUCUAAAGACGUCAUUUUGCUAAAUCUUUAUCCGCGUCGUAACGGAGGACGGAUCGGAACUUUUAGAGCUUUUUAUGACACUGAUUAACUAUUUUGGUUUCGGGGAAAUCUCUAAUUCAGCAAUAAAAACAUUGAAUGAUUACGAUUUAUUGUUCUAGGUUUUUGUUUUCGAUGAUCAACGCAGGAGACGCCGACGGACCGAAGCUGAGGGCGGGGCGUCCAGAUCCUUCUGCGUCGGGGCCGGAACUGGACCAUUCAACCUUUUUUUUUUUUUUUGGGGGGGGGUGAUUCCGGGUCAAACCGGUCGGAGAGACGGACUCUUGUGGUUCCGGUUUGAUUCGGAGAAGCGAACACUGACUGAGGAAAUGGUAACUGGAAAAAAAAACGCCGCUGGCUUCCUCUGCGGACUCACGGAAACUUCCUGAACCAAUCAGAGUCGUUCUCCUCUGUUUUUUUUAAACCCAUCACACUAUUGGUCCCUCCCCAUUGGUUGCUCAUCACCCCUCUGUUGAUUCCAUGUUUCGUAGAGAGGUCGGCCCACGCCGCGCGACGCUACGUGUCGCCGACCACGACGAGGGAUUUCCUUUUUUAACUGAACAAAUCAAAUGUUGUUUUUUUUGUAGUGUGAAUGUGAGCGUGUCUCCAGGCUGCCCCCCCUCAUCGUCGCCCCCUAGUGUUUGCUUUAGGGAUCCUUACAGGGCCUCCGGCGUGCUAACGCGUAGCAGCACUAACACCUGUUCCAGGUUCAGUUUACCUCAACUUUCGCUUCUAACUGAAACUGCUAACGCAGGUCUGGAUGUAGCCCUUUAAAAUCCAGCGUCUUCCUCCGGCUAACGCGGUCAGACCGCAGCCCGCCGGCUUCCCGCCUCGGGGCCAAAUUGGAGCCAACGAGCGCCGACUCGUCAGUGUAGCCACGGCGACGUCACAGGUGUUUUCUGAGAGGCAGCUAAGGAAGGAUAGCUGACAUGGACAAGCUGCGCGACUUUUUUAAAGCUAGCUCACUGCCUUCCGAUCUGCGCGGCGCAGAAAACCAGGCAGGUGGAGUAAUUAGCUAACGAGACAAUCAGACCGCGGACUCAGCUCUAGCUAGGCUUAGUGCGUUUACCCCCCCGUACAGUAUUACGUCCCUCUGUUUGUCCACGUUGGACAAGAGUCCAUCGUCUCCUCUUCGUCUUGACGCUUAUUUUCCUUCGGAAACGUCUGAACUUAGCAGCUAAACUCGACCCAACGCUUUGAGGUCUUUAGCUGAGCAUUAGCGACAAUCAAUUUUAGUUUUCUGUUUCCAGAGGCCGCCAUGUGACGCCAUGAGAGACGGAUGGACGGGUGAAUUCAUAAACCUGCUGCACAUUUUUAAAAACAAAAAAUCAAGUUAAAGGGCUAAAUGUUGGAAGAACCGGGGCGGGUUCUUCGUUCCGACUCCACCGUCUCCUGCGAUGUCGAGGCGCGUAGAAAACUUUUUUUUUAAUUUUUGAAUAUUAGACCUCAUUAGCAUAUCGAGCCUCAGCGGCUUCUGACAGAACUGUAAGGCAGGGAUGGUCGGUCGUUUAGCGGGUUUAUCAGAAACAAACCAAGUUACGACGGAACCAGAACCGCUCCGAUUGGCUCAUCGCUGCCCUGAACUGGCACUAACGUUUCCCAACCUACGACUAGCACCUCUUCUGUUUGUACUACUAACCGGUCAGCGGAGAAAGGCUCGCCGUCUUUAGGGGCCUCUGGGACGAACCACUGGACACUUUAUUAAUUAAAAACAUCCAAAACUUUCUAUAUAAAUUAUUUAAAGUAGAAAAGCUUAGCUGUAACUUUUUUUUUACCUCUUACUAGCAAUAACUGGCAAGCUAGCUACUAUAAGCUAUUUAAGCUAAUUAGCUUUUUUUCUUUUUAUGCUAUCAUUGCAAAAUUUGAAUAAAAUUAUUUUUGCAGAUAAAUUGUUUUUGUAAUUUUAACAUGGUAAAUAGCCUAGCUUAUAAUGAACUGGUUUCCUAAAUGGGUUUUAAAGUCGAGAUGCUACUCGGCUAACAGGCUAGCGAUGCUUCCGUUUAGAUUUCAGCAAUAAUCAAACAAAAUAGAAAUUUAGUUUUCUACUCAUUACUCUUUAAUGUUAAGUGUGAAAUAUAAUUUUUUUGGAAUUCGCUUCCAUAAAUGAGCGACUUGAAUGAUGCUAAUAGUUGCUAAAAAUGAAAAGGAGUCUUUACUGGCUAAUAGCUCCUUUUCUGUGUCCUCAGUCGUCUCCUAAUCAAACGUUUUCUUGAGGAUCUGUUGUGUGCGUCAUCAUUUAGCUAAUUAUUUCAGAUAGUUUGAAGCUAAAAUAUGUCAAAACCGUGACCAAGUUAUGCUAGCUAAGCAUUUAUGCCUGUUCCAGAAUCAAUAAACCCUAGCGUAUCAUAUUAUUAUAAUAAAGUGAAUAUGCUACAUGGCUAACAGGCUAACUGUAGUUCAUUAUCAGUUUUCAACAUUUGUCAGAACUUUACUUUUUUCUAGAGAUUUAGCAAAUAAUGAGGGGCUAAUUAGCAUAAACCAGCUAACAUAGCGCUAAUGGUAAUAUUCGCUUAAUGUUUGAACCUGAAUUUAAGGUAAAUUUAAAUCCGACAUUUGAAUUUACUUUCCUGUUUUCUUCCGAUUUUAAGACUCUAAACAUUAAAAAAAAAAAGUUUGCGCUAGCAGCGUAGCUAAGCUGGCGGCCAUGUUUGGCUCUUGCAUUCAGUGCGGUCUGGAGGCCAGUGGAGGCGCCGUCCCUUUCUCUCCUGGCUCCGUGUUGGCCUCCUCUCUGCGGGGGGGCGUCUGUCCGUCUGCGUGAGGCCUUAUGAAUACUGGACUUCCAUUCGAAUGCACAUGGACUGUUUUUAACGUAUUUAUUCGGAGCCCAGGCGUGUUUCGGUGUGAGUGAAUUUCUGCAAUGACUUGAGAAGAAGCCAUGUAUUAAAAAUGUCACAUUUAUGCUGCAGAACUGUUGUGAGGAACCUGGUGGUUUGUUUUUUUUUGGACCGGCCAGCUGGCCCCUGGGGGCCCGGCGGGUCCACGAGGGACUCGGACUAGCAAUAAGAAUCCUUCUGAAUCCAAAAGCUUUAUGUAGAGUUUUCUUGUAUGUGAGUCGAGAACAGUCUGUCUGGGUUUAUUGGUUAUUUUUAGUUUUCUUCUAUGACAUAAAUGCAUAUAAAACUGUGAAAAUCUAUUGUGAUUAAUUAAAGGGUGAGUUUUAGAUUAGUUUUUUUUUUUUUUGCAUGUUAAUCUUAAUUUUUUUCCAAUUAUGGAUGAUUUCUUCUUUCUGCAUCACUUCUUGUGCUACAAACGCAUUUAUAAAUAUCAAAAUAUAUAUAAUCUCGCUCUCAGGGUCUUUCACAAAUCCAUUAUUUGAAAAGCUUCAUGUUGUUUUUUUUUUCCCGAGUCGCAGCUUUUCCACAUUACUUUGUUUUUUUUUAAAGAUGACAUCAUGAUUCAGAUCUGUCAAUCACUACAUUUAGCACUUGACUGUGAACUCGUCGCUACCCGACACGGAAAAUGUGGUUCGAUUUUAUUUGUUUUGGUCUCCAAACUCUCAGUCAGACGUCUGAUUUGAAGCCUUUUUCUGUUUUUCGUAGAAUCUUAUUUAAUGAGUUUCUCUUUGUGUACUGGACCUCAAUCACAGAGCAUUAAAACAGUCGUCUGGAUCCAUUUCUGUCCCCUGCUGUUGGCAAACAUGACAGUGUUUCAGAGAUGUACACCUCCUCUGUAUUCAAACCCAAUAAGUAAAAGCAAUAAAGAUUAUGUAAAGGAAAGG